CCGUCAACUGCCAGUUUGAGCUGAACGAACCGUAACGGUCAAUCCCAAGUUUCUCGUCUGCAUCCUCAGCACGACAAAAACCCAAAUAUCGUGCUAUUGCCACUCGAAGGUGUGUUUAAGUUUUCGUAUGUCACAAUAGUGGAGUGCAAAGUGAUUACUGGAAGAGGGUUUUUAUGACGAAUAGGAAAAUGAGUGAAGUCUCCAGGAAGAAGGACAAAAAUCAACACAUACAGGUUUUCGUGAGAGUCCGGCCGGCGAAUAAGGAUGAAAUACAUGGAAAAUCGUCGAAUGUUGUGGAUGUGGCCUCCUCGAAGGACGUUGUGGUGCGAGAGAGGCCACAGGAUAGCAAAUUGACCAAGAAAUUUAGUUUUGACAGGGUCUUUGGCCCUGGCUCCAAGCAGGUGGAUGUUUAUAACGCUGUUGUCAGUCCAUUGUUGGAUGAGGUCCUGGCGGGAUACAACUGCACUGUCUUUGCUUAUGGACAGACUGGCACGGGAAAGACCUUCACGAUGGAGGGGUUCUGCAAUGACCCCACGCUCCAUUGGCAAUCUGAUACAACAGCUGGAAUCAUCCCACGUUCUCUCAGUCACCUCUUUGACGAGCUGCGGACACUCGAAGCCCAGGAAUACACUGUUAAAGUCAGCUUUCUUGAGCUGUACAACGAGGAACUGUUCGAUCUACUGUCCUCCAACGACGAUGCCUCAAAAAUCAGAAUCUACGAAGACACCACAAAAAAGGGUGCAGUAAUAAUUCACGGUCUGGAGGAGGUGACCGUCCACAACAAGAAUGAGGUCUAUAAGAUCCUGGAAAAAGGAUCUGAGAAACGUCAGACAGCAGCAACUCUGAUGAACGCCCACUCCUCUCGUUCGCAUACAGUUUUUUCGAUAACGGUGCACAUAAAAGAGAACACAGUGGAGGGCGAGGAGCUGUUAAAAACUGGAAAGUUGAACCUGGUGGAUCUGGCAGGAUCUGAGAACGUGGGUCGUUCAGGGGCAGUGGAUCGGCGAGCGCGAGAGGCUGGCAACAUCAAUCAGUCGCUGCUGACACUGGGGCGAGUGAUCACGGCUCUAGUGGAACGAGCUCCCCACAUUCCCUACCGAGAGUCCAAGCUCACACGUCUGCUGCAGGAGUCACUCGGAGGUAGAACCAAGACAUCCAUAAUAGCCACUGUCUCCCCAGCAGCCCUGAACCUGGAGGAGACACUCUCGACCCUGGACUACGCCCAUAGAGCGAAGAACAUCACCAACAGGCCUGAGAUCAAUCAAAAGCUGUCGAAGAAAGCUCUUCUCAAGGAGUACACAGAGGAGAUCGAACGACUCAGAAGAGAUCUCCAAGCCACCAGGGACCGUAAUGGUGUCUACCUGGCUCACGACAACUACAACGAGCUCCAAGGGACCAUCGAGUUUCAGGGGAAGGAGAUCGAGGAGAAGAUCAAUCACAUCAAGGCUCUCGAGGAGACGAUGCUGAAUAAAGAGAAAAUCUUGGAGGAGCUGAAGAUGUCGCUGCAGAUGUCCCAGAGGCAGAUAAAGAUCACUGAACAAGAGAGAAAUGAGCAGAAGCACCUGGUAGAGAAACACGUCGUGACAGAGAAGAAACUUCAUACUCAGGCGACCCAGCUGCUGAAUGUUGUGGAGACGGUGACGAGGGAUACUGUGAAACUUCAUGAGAAGAUUGAGAGGAAGAACCGAGUGGAGAGAGAGAACGAACACUUGGGGGAGAAGUUCAGGGAAAACAUCCAGAGGCAGUUUGAUGAAGCUAACACACAGUUAUCGAAUUACACACAGGAGUUGAUUCAGUUCUCGUUGUCGGCUAAGGACGAGAUCAACGCCCUAACGGCCACCAACUCCAAGGAAAUUGGAAACUCGAUUAAGUUGAUAUCUGGGGAGCUGUUGAAGGGGGAACAGGGGAUGAUUGCGAAAUUGGAGAGUGGGGUCAAUACGAAUCACGAGGAUUAUCAGGUGUGGAUGGAGACGGCCAUUCAAGACACCUCCAAAUUUGCGACGGAGGAGAUUGAAGAACAGAAGAAAAUGGUGGCUACGCUUUCGGAGAGAAUUGAGGAACUCGUCAGGACGAAGGUGGCAGACAACCUGAGGAAAAUCAACGAGGAGAACCGUAGGAAAUUCGAGGAGUUGAAUGAGUUCAUGAGAAGGACGAUAGCAACAGUGUGCGAUCGACUCCUAGAAGACAGAAACCGAUUAAACGACAGGAUCAACAUUUACUCGGAUCGAAUCCACGAGACAAUGACAGCACAGGAGAGUCUUUCGCGGAAAAAGCACAAGUUCUUCAAUCUGUUUAAGGAUUGUUUUGCAGAGUAUGAGAGGAUCCACGAGGAGGAGGUGAUGGUCAAUGAUACGACGAUGACAGUCUCAGAGGAGGGACUGGAAUUCUGUAAAAAUAUAGGUGAACACGUGGAGAAUAACUUGAAGGGCCAGAGGGAGAUCGAAGGAAUUGUCACUGGAGACGUCUCUAAGACUCUCCUGGGGAUGAGAGAUGACUUGUCUGGGGAUCUGGAGGCCAAUUGGAAGAUUUCAGAGGGCUCCGUACUCCAGGCUGAACGUCUCUGCGAGGAUCUGACGAGAAAUAGCGAGGAGAACUGUGAGAAGCUUAAGCAGUUCAGCGACGGAAUCGCCCUGAGAACGUCUGGAAUCAAGGAGAGAAUGAUGUCUGACAGGUCGGAGGUACUCUCCUCAGUCCAGGACGUCCACAAACUCGUGUCUGAUAUUAGUGUCAAUCACGAGGAGCUCAUGGAGGACCACAGGAGGAAGAUCGAGACGACAGCUGGAGAGAUAUGCAAGAAGUUUGAGAAUCAAAGUGUCCAGUCGAGUGCAUGGAACAGCAGAAUCUCCUCGUAUCUGAGGACAACGCAACAUCAAGUGGACAAGUUCAUCGUGGAGGAUAUGAGGAAGGACGUUCCCAGUGGCUCUACCCCGGCCAAGAAGGAAUUCAGCUAUCCCAAGCAGCUGGCCGUGACCUCUCCCCACGAGAGAAUUAUCCAGCGGUUCAGGGAUUCCAAGAAUUAUCACGAAAUGUCUCACGACGACAGCACACUUCUCGAGGGGGACGAAACACUUAAGGAGUCCCCUGCCACUUACCACGGCAAUGGCUCUUUCGUGUCCGUAUCAACGCCCUCAGACACUUCAGUUUGUGAUUCUGAUAAGCUCAAUGGACUCAUCAAAUCUGCUUCAACUUCUGAUUUAUCAUCGGUCGCCAAGAACCUGACAAAGGAGCUGGUGAUGAGGUCCUCGUCUGAUGUCACUUGCAAGAGGGAGAAUAAGGAGAAUGGCAUCGAUGUAUUCGUGAAGCCAUCAGACUUUAAGAGUUUGAAAAUCUCGAAGCUGAAGAAUCCCACAAGGAGAAUUCUCUCGUCUUGUAAUGAGUAGAGAGCCAGGACGUUUGAGGUGAUUAUUUCUAUAUUUUUAUUCUCUCUUGUUUUAACGGAGAUGCAUUCAACACUUGAUGGAUAUUUUCAAUUCUAUGAGGCAAUUUUCAGUGAAUGUAUGUGGUGAAUUGACGUUCAAUUGCCCUUUAUAUUAUUAAAACACAUAUUAAUUAUCAUUUGUCGUUUUUUAUUUUGUCACUUCGUCGUUUUGCAUUCUGUUUGAAGGAGAAUGGAAAUUUUCAGGGGCUAUGUCUCUUUAUUGUGUCGUACGAUUAGUCUGCAAUGCUUGAAUAGUUUUUAUAUAAAUAUAUAUAGUUUUUUUUCUUAAAGAAGGAACAAGAUCAUUAUUAGAAAUAAUUUGUAAUUAGGGAAUUGCUAAAGGCUAGAUUUAAGGAUGAAAUAUACAUUUAUCGUCAGCAUUCAGAUGCAUUUAUCUAUAAAUAUAUGAAUAAAGUGAUGAUAAAA